AUGAGCGAGUUCGACUACUUCAAAUCCGGAGGCACUAAACGCAAGUUUUUUGAGACUUUGGACAGUCCUGUGGGCUCCAAAGAAUCUACACCCGUAGAAUGUGAUAUAAGGGCACGUUUAGAAGAAAUUGUAGGUCCUUUGGGCGAUGAACACUUCAGAAUUCUCGAACCUCUGGCGCGUACAAAACUCGAAUUGGCGGUAAACAAGUUUUUUGACGGAUCCCUUGCAACGCCCGACGAUCAUACAAACACAGUCCCUUUACGAGAAGGAAAUGAGCUUUUCGUAGAUGACGAUGAACCACUAGUCGUACCUGAAACUGCAGUGGUGGCAACGGUCGAUCCAAAGACUGUCAGUAAUUUGAUUGGGCAACUCUCAGAUUCGACAUCUGAGGACUUCGACCCUGUUCAGUUUGAGAAAAAAUCACUGGGGUCCUUUCAAGCCGAGAUUUGGUGUACAAGAUCCGGCAAAAAUUUGGUGCAAUUCGGCGACAAGCUAGCAGUUCGGAGAAUUGCUGCUCAGAGCUCCAAGGAGGAUCAUGUUGUGCGAUUGCACACAUUGGAUGGUCGUGAUUUUGCUCGCAUUCGUGAAAACGAUGCCAAGUUCAUGGCUGUACUAAUCGACACUGGCGUGUGCGAGUUUGUCGCUACUUGCAUAUACGCAGAACCAGUUUUACGCCUUGGUGAUGCAGUGAUUGUUCAGAUUGAUGCUUAUUUUUUGAGAUCGGCUUUCGAGGUUGACGUCUUGGAUGCUCGAUCUGCAACAGUGAGUACUCAACCGAAAGGUACUAUUGUCGACGAGUCGAAAGAAACAAACUCUGAAAUGGUGAUGAGAUUGCGCCAAUUGGGACUUGUACAACUGUUCUCAAGACUAUCUUUGAUGGAUGCUCGCAUCCCUGACAUAAAUGAAGCACUUGAACAGAUCAAUACCGCGAUCAGUCAAUCCGAGGAACCAGAGCACAGUGUGUCCACGGGUCAAAUGAAUAUGCUCUACAAAAACUCUGCUCGCAAAGAGCUUGCUGAAGCCAAUCCCGGUGAUUCAUUUGCGUUAUCGUUGUAUCCUUACCAAAAGCAAGCCUUACAGUGGAUGCUGCAAAGAGAAUCGGGCUCGAAAAUACCUUCCUCAAUGUUGCAUCCUCUUUGGACAAGAUUCGAAUGGCCAGAUAAGUCCGGCUACUUUUACGCUAAUAUGCACUCUGGUGAGCUCAGUUUAGAGCUUCCCACACUCGAAGAUACUAACAUGGGUGGUAUUCUAGCAGACGAAAUGGGACUGGGUAAAACUAUCACCACUUUGUCUCUGGUUCAUACUACGGAUGCAAAAUUGACACUGAUUGUCGCACCAAUGUCUUUGCUCUCACAAUGGGAGUCUGAAGUGAGGCGCUCGGCCAAGGCCAAAACCGUGCAUUGUCUGGUUUAUUAUGGUGGAGGAGUAAAUGAGUUGUCGGCGUAUGUUUCGAUGAUAAGUAACUACCCAAAGACUGUUGUCACAAGCUAUGGUGUUUUGGUUUCAGAACACAAGCAGCUCUUGAAGUUUCGUGAAAAAAAUGGGCUUAAAACCGCUGUGAAUUCCCGCCAAGAUGGUCCGUCUGUUCUAGGCUUGUAUGGGGUGCGCUUUGACAGGCUUGUUUUAGACGAGGCUCACACAAUUAAGAACCGAAACACAAGAACUGCCAAAGCUUGCUACGAUAUUAACGCUGCAAAACGAUGGGCGCUCACCGGAACGCCAAUUGUGAACAGGCUGGAGGAUCUCUACAGUUUAAUAAAGUUUUUGAAAGUUGAGCCCUGGAAUAACUUCUCGUUUUGGAAAGCAUUCAUAACUGCGCCGUUUGAGACAGCCGAUGGCGCAGAAGAUGCUUUGAAAAUCGUUCAGAGUAUCAUAGCCCCGCUCUGUUUGCGUCGAACAAAAGAUAUGAAGCAAAAUGGUAAGCCUCUUGUUUCAUUACCAGACAAGGUUGUUGAAGUCCGUCGUGUUGCAUUUUCCGAGGAUGAGAGACGACUUUAUUCCCAUAUUUAUGCCCGUGUACGCACAUCUGUGGCAGCUCAAGUCAAAAAUGGCACAGUCAACAAAUCUUAUACGGCUCUAUUGACGAAAAUUUUACGGUUGCGUCAAGUUUGCUGCCAUCCGUAUCUUCUUCGCAGCCGUAAACCAGAACAAGCGAAUCCCGAGGAUGAGUCUAUUGAAGUUGACAGUGACGUUGAUAAUCUCGUUGGGGACGAAAGCAUCACAGCGCUUGUUGAUGGUUUCAGCUUGGAGUCAGCGGCUUCUCUGGAUGAUAAAUUUCCUUCCGAGGUGAUGCAAUCAUUAGUUGAUUCGAAAAGCGUUGAGUGUCCCAUCUGCUGUACCGACCCCAUCCCCCUAGACGACCAGGGAUAUACUGAAUGUUUCCAUGUGGCUUGUCUAGAUUGUAUUCUACGUCACAUUGACUAUCAAAAGGCCAAAGGAUAUUCUGCGUACUGUUUCGCAUGUCGUGCGCCUAUUCAUGCCGAUAGACUGUACACGGUUACAAAACGAAGGGAUGGUACGGCUGUCCUACAGCGAUAUCAAGAGAGCCGGCAGUCAGCCAAAGUGAAAGCGCUCGUGAGAGAGCUGAAACAAACAAAGGGUCGGGGUAAAUCGGUUGUAUUUUCUCAAUUCACAUCAUUCCUUGAUAUCAUCGAGCAAGAGCUGGCCCGCCAGGGUUUCCCGACGGUCAGAAUGGAUGGCACGAUGAACCAACAAAAGCGAACCGAGGUUCUCGAGUAUUUCCGCAAUUUCUCCAAGGAUAUUAUCCUGUUGUUGUCGCUCAAAGUUGGUGGUGUCGGACUGAACCUAGUGUGUGCGCGUCAAGCGUUCCUCAUGGAUCCAUGGUGGAGCUAUGCAGUCGAGGCCCAAGCUAUUGACCGGAUUCACAGAAUGGGUCAAACUGAAAACGUUCGUGUAGUUCGUUUUAUUGUCGAGGGAACGUUAGAUGAACGAAUGUUACAGAUACAAGAACGAAAACGAGCGCUAUCUAGUGUUAUAACCGAAGAAGAGCGCAAAGAUAUUCAAUUGGAAAACAUCAAGGUACUCUUUGAGCUAGAUAAAGUAUGA